AUGAAAGCUCAAACAGAUGCGACGAGUACCUCGACAGUUUUUAUAGAUGCGAUCGUUUCUGUCGAUUCGUCUUUGCAGAGCAUCACUCAAGCUUUGCGUAAUAACUCUAUUCCAUUUUCGCAACGUCUGAAAUUGGCUAUUUCUUUGUGGCAUUCUCAUAAAGUAUUUUUGCCUGGAAAAACUGAACUGCUUCUUGACUGGAUAUCGUCUCUGUUGGUUAAAUCCAUUGUAAGCAAUGCUGAUGCAGUAAACGAAUCAGCCAAUCUGUCCAAGACAAGUGACCAAGUUUUGCCAUAUUUGUCGCUGGAUGGAUGGACUUUUUUCCUCGACAUAUUAAAGCAUAUUGAUGUUCAGAAAAAGCAGGACUUGGCUUUAAAACAGUCUCUUUUUUUACAGCUUAAAGUUCCUCUUUCUCCACUUUUUAGUGCUCUUGUAAGCCUUUCAGCUCAUCAGAUUUCUGCUACAGUUCAACCAGAUUUGAUUAUUUCCGUUGCAAAUCAAGUGUUUAGACUUGCAACGACAUCUCUCGCAGACAUUGCUGCGAUUUCAGUGGAUCAAUUAUCUCAACUGAGUAUUGAUGUUUUGCAAACUUUGUUGACUCGAGCGAAUGCAUCGACUCCAAUUUCUCAGUCUUUAUGUGAUUUUUCAUUCGACAUUCUUGAAAAAACACAAACGGAGCAAGCCCUCACUGCUAAUCAAAAAAAGAUUUUCAUGUCUACUGUACAAAAAGUUUUGCAGAUUCAAAUCAGUCUUCAUUUUAAACUUUCUCAAGCACCAGAGUCCAUUAUUUCAAGUGCAUACAAGACUCGUUUUGAUUCUUGGUGCACUCGCCAAUUUCAAUCGAUCAUAUUUCACAAAGAUCACAUCCCCGAGCUUGGUCAAAUGCUCAUAGACUGCCAUAAACGUAGAACUAAUUCCAAAGAUGCUCAAUCUGAUACCAGCUUAGUUGAAAAAGAAAUAGUCAGAUCGUACUCUCAUGCUUUACUGGGCUCGAUUGAAGCUAUGAUGCACUCGAACAAUUUAGAUCGCAGAGCAGCUAUUGAAGAAAUUCCCAAUUUAUUCCAAUGUUUUUGCGUAUCAUUUAUUGAGCACGAAAAACUCGCACUACGAUCUGUUGUUAUAUUUAGUCUGUUUGAGCAAUUUUAUGAUUUGCUGAGUUCAAACAAACAGCUGGCCACUGCACUCCUAUCCAAGCAAGAUCUGAAUUUGCUGAGCAGAUUGUCGGGUAUUUUACUAAAAAACGAUGCAUUUCGACCAACUGGAGAUGUCGAAUCUAAAAAUCAACGUGCAUUUUUGGUUGAUAUUUUUGACUCGCUCUUAAAGUUUGCGCAGACUUUGCCAUACCAAUCUGAGUUGUUUUCCCCAGUUUUUUCUUCUUGGGCACAGUUGAUUCAAUUGGAUUUUUCUAUUGUUGCGGAUCAUAUCUCUGAAAUUUGGCAGUUUGUUCUUUUUCCGGCCGAUUCAUGUUUAGAUAGCGCUGUUGAGUUUGCAGUUUUGAUUUUAAACAUGUUUGUCAAAUCCAGAGAGCUUGAUAGUCUACUAAGCAGUGUGUUGACUGCAUUUCGAUUACAAACUGUUGCCAAAAAUAAGCAUUCUCGAGAGUCCAGUUUGUUAGACUCUCGAUUUUUGACUGCAUUCGGCAAGGCAGUAUCGAGCUUGCUUUUCGCUCAGUUUACAACUAUUCUCAGACACCUCUAUGCUGAAUUGAUUCAACAUUAUAAUAUAGCCACACUUUUAUCCACAGAUAACACUACCGAGCCAAAAACCAAAAGACAAAAAACAGCGUUGGGAUUUCAGUCUACUUUGCCUAUUUUAGAUGCUGGACUUGUGACGGAUUUGAUUUGCAUUUGUAUUAAACAUACUUCUGCUGCCAAUGCUUCCCAAGACUCUAUUCUAGCCUUACAUAGCGGAUGUUUCAACGAUUUUAUUUUACCGGCCAUGAAUGCUUCAAAGCAUUAUUCUAAUGGCAAUCUGUCUGAAUUUGCUGAUCAUUACCUUUGCCCUGCAUUAAAGCUACACCAUGUAUUGAUUAACAGCUCACAUGCAUACUGGGAAACGCAUGUGUCGGAUAAAUCUAUAUCUAAGAUUCAAAAACAAUCCAUUAGGUUGAUUUCUGUUAGUAACGAUUUGCAGGAACGAAUGGCAGUAUUAGUAUGCGCACAUAUUUGUCGAACAGUCGGCAUUUCUGCAGCGCCUUCCAAAGAAGAAGGAUGCCGUAAAAUCAUACACAAGUUGAUAGAUACGAUUUUUUCAGAUACUGGCGAGCUAUCCAUGUUUUCAAAAAACAUUAUAACGUGGCAAGCAAUUUUGAGCAACCUGUUUCCAAUUUGCAAUGUAGCGCAUACAGAAUACGUUUGUCGUAUAGUAGAUGCACUGUUUUUAUCAGUAAAAAGCCAACCACUUUAUAUACUGCUAAAAAAUACCAAGCCGUGUGCAGGCCAGCUUUCGGCAGAGCUGUUGCAUCACGCUUCCUUUUUUGAAAUCGCUUCUGUGCGUGAUCAAGUCACACAAUCACUCUUCAAGUGCAUUUUUAAUUGCAUUCACGAUGCAUUUAAAAAGGGAAAGUAUAUUAAAAAAGGACUAGAGAUUGCAAAAAAUAUUUUGAACGCUCAAACCUCAUCCCUUGUAAACCCAAUGGUCAUAUCUGUCAUGGAGCUAGUGGGACCUCUUGAUUCUCCUGAUGAUAGAUCCAAAAGGCAUAUUGUUGUGCCCGAAUCUUUAAACCAGGCUUCGCUUUUGUUGGAUGUCUUGUUGAAAUUUCCAACAACCUAUUUUUCUCUUUUAGAGCAAGAUAUAAUUGUUGCCAUUUGCUUUGCUUUGGAUAUGAUUGUGGGAGGAACAGAUGCUGCGUAUGUUGAUCCAGAAUCCUAUCUCAAAUGGGGGCGAUCGUCUCGACACGUUAGUAUAAGAUUCAUGAAGAGCAGAGAAGGUCGAUUACUGCCACUGCUAAACCCUGACGUUAUGACAGCAUUGAUACAGCUGCAGAUAUCAUAUGACUUGUGCUCUACUCGCUGUCCUGAUUUUGCGGAAUUUACUCGCGCAGCAUCCAUAGAUACUGGAAAAACAGUGCGUCUUGUGUUUUAUAAACUACUGGAGACGCACCUUGAUCUUCAAGAUUAUUCCAAAUCAAAGUCUGGAGUUGAUUAUACUGAAUACCUGCGACAGCUUUGUACUGCUCUUUGUCAAUCUAAUAUUCCAGUGAUGUAUGCUGCAUGUGCUGUGGAUGGUUUAAACAAAUGGACUGCACAUUUCAAUUCACAAAAAGGCUUGACGAUUGCUACGGGUCUGCGACCUCAAUUUGACGGACUGGUUGACCGCCUCUACCAAGAGGUUAUGAGUAGCUCACUAGACCAUAUAAAUGCAUUCCCAGAUCAAAUGAGUGCUAUUACAAAAGAACUUUGUCAAUUUUUCCAAACUAGCUCUGACAAGCGCUUUGAAAAGCUUAUUUCUCAUAUUGUAAACAUUUUGAGUGAACUUGAUUCUGGAGAUGAAUUUGAUGCGCUGCGUGCUAUCUUGACUUCAAUAGUGUUGGUAUGGGUAAACGACACGACUACAUUGACUACAACUAUUCAGGUUGAAUUUUCUGUUCGAUUCUCACAAUGGCUGUCUGAUGCAUGGCGACUACUUGAAAAUCCACAAUUUACAAACAUUAUGAAGAUGUCGCUUUCAACAUACUAUACACAAGUUUGCAGCUCGACCUAUUUUGAACAUGUUUUCAAUCAACAUUUGGAUAGUCUUUCAGCACUAGUUUUUUCAGCGUCAUGGUCGUCAUCAUCUUUAAAAGGCAAGCAUCUUGUUGGUUUGUUGAAAUCCUUUAAAAUUCUUUUUGGAUCGACAGUUCAAGCACACACUCAAAGUGUUGUGCGUCAUCUGAUACGGAGUAAAGCAGCAGAUAUCCUGACCAUGUGCAUUAAGCUUGCCGAAACAGCAACAUGUUCAAAUAGUUUACUUUCUGUACUAGAUUUAGCUCAAACUAUUGUCAUCCAUCAUCAAAUAGAACACAGUCUUGGUAAUGUUUCGCUAGUAUUUAGCAUUGUUCGGGCUGCUGGGAGCAAUACUGAGAUGCUAUUGGGUAAUAAGCAAGCCCAAUGGGCUGUGGACGCAUUCGAUCAUAUAUAUGGUCUUUUAAGCUCAUUGUUGCAUCAUUGCAGAGAGAAUGUGAUUCUUUUAGCGCCUCAGCUGGUUGCUUGCAUAUGUGCACUGUUUGAUACGUUUCGAGAAACCCCGGCCAUUGCACUUAGUGGUGUCAGAGGAAAGCAACGUGGAUUGGAUCAAGAUCAACCUUCAAAUGGUGUAUCGGAAUCGCGUCCAAACAUAUUUGAAGUGGCUUUGGAUGGUUCAGGGUUAGCUAUGGAACCGUAUAGACUAUUUUCUGGAAAUACACCGCUUCCAGUAUCGUGUGCCAAGAAUCUAUCUCGACUUUUGGUGUCCAUGACUCAGAAAUCGCAAGGAUAUUCAUCAUCCAACAAAAAAUACAAAUCCAAGAAAAUGGCCGAAACACUUUUUUCACAACAAAGCAAGCUAGUACGACCAUUUAGUAAAUAUGCACCAUUUGCUAUCUCGCAUAUUGUUUUGAUCCAAACAUCUGCACGACCACUAGCAAUGGGUAUCAAACAGGAGCUACUCGAGGGUAUUUAUGCCUUGUUGGAUCUUUGCACGGAUAAUGGGAGAAACACUGUUUUGGCCUCAAUGAGCUCAUUAUCCUAUUCUUUUGGUAAUUCUGAUCGAUCGGCUGCUCCGUUUAUUUUCAAAGAGUUUGUCAAGGGAUGGGAAACGUCAUACAAAUACACUGGAAAAACAUAA